UCAUUGCAAAGAUUCUCCAUCUGCGCGGGUCAGAUACUCGUUAUUCUGAUUCACGUACAAAACAAAAACAAACUUAGAAAAUUCAAGAAUGACACGUGCAUUUCACGUGGUGAUUGUUGCCAUGGUGGUGUUCGCCAUCAUUGGCGUGGCAUACGGUGCAUCACCAUCAUCAUCAUCAUCAUCAUCUGCAUCCUCCUCCGCCGAUGACUAUGAUUAUGACUAUUCAGACGGUAUCGCUCCUUCACCAAACGCCAAGAACCACCACGUUCCUACCCCUUCUAAUGCUACUAAGAACAAGAACGACGAUUCUUCACCAAGUGCUGCCUCUAGGCAUGUCUCAUUCUCUGCCGCAAUCGGAGCUGCCACUCCGGCUCUCAUUGCCGCCGCCUUCUAUUUCUGAUCGUCAUUCUUGGCUUCAAUAUUUUUUUUCUCUAUUAACAAUGUGUAAUGUAAAGAAAGAGCGUCUAUUGCUCUUGUAUUUUCCAGAAAUGCACGCCUGUUGUUUUGUGUUU